AUGCACGAUGUCGUCCCACUCGAGUCUCCGAUCGCUACUGAGCCCGACCGAACGCGCUACCCCACGAUCGCGAACCAUGAAGGAGGACUAGAGCGAGAUCGUCCCGAAAGCAACAUCAACAGGAUGCACGGCGGCGAAGGAACACACGAGCAGAAGUGGCUGCUGCUGCGGGACAUUGCGACGAGGAUAAGCCCGAAUGCGGAAACUUCUCCUACCGAAUCGUCGCCGCCGGCACCGGCACCGGCACCGGCUUCGGCACCACGGAAACGGGGCCGUCCUCGCAAGGACUGGGACGCCGUUCCGAAGCUACCAACCCCGACCGCCUCCGGACCGUCCUUCUUACCCUCCGACCUCCCCGCGGCCCUGAACCCAGACGACCUCGAAGUCCUACAUCACUACAUGUGCCACACAGCUAUUACGCUCGGUGAAGCCGGUGUCUGGCGUCAGAAUGUACCGCGGCUUGGCUUCCAACACCACUACGUCCUUCACAUGGUCCUGGCAAUAUCGGCACAGCAUCUUGCCAGACUCCGGCCAGCUGAGGCCCCACGCUGCGAGGCGCUCACAGAGCAGCUCCCCACGAGUGCGUUGCCGGCGAUCAUGAACCUCGUCCCACGACUGGACAAAGACAAUAGCCAAGCCCUCUACCACAUCGCAGUGCUCGUCUGCUUAUCGACAUUUGCGAAGAAGCCAAGCCCGGGGCAGCUCUUGGUCACCCCAGAAGAUUGUGAAGUCCCUUGGUGUGGAAUGCUCCGAGGCGUACAUAUAGUCGUUCAAAACAUGGGCAUACAUACCAUCAUCGCCGGCUGGGCGGACGACAGCGUAUCUUUCAGACACACCUGGACUCACUGCCCGCCACUUCCCAACCCGGUGCCCAAAAUGGUCAUAUGGGAGCGGCGGCUCGAGGAGCUCGCCGAUCUGGUGGCCACAAUUCCUGCGCCGGAGCGGGAGAUGUACACGAGCUCACUCGACCUGCUGAAAGACUGUUUCAAGUAG